CACGUGCUGCUCUCUAGGAAAACAGCCGAAUUGUUUUGACGGAUUGUGAUUUGCUUCGCAGAAAACCACUGGAGCUUCUCCAGGUGAGAUUACACAACAGUUUAUCAGCUCUUCUUCUCCCUCUUGCGGUUAGGAUGGAGAGGCGGUUGUCAUCCGGUGAGGCGACAAUCAACUUCGCCACGGACAAGUUUCCCUUCUGCAUUGUCUGGACACCCAUUCCGGUCCUCACCUGGUUCUUCCCCUUCAUCGGCCAUAUGGGCAUCGCCAUGUCCAAUGGCGUGAUCAGAGACUUCGCCGGGCCGUAUUUUGUGUCCGAGGACAACAUGGGCUUCGGCCGGCCGACGCGGUACCUCAUCUUGGAUCCGUACUGCGUCCAGGGCGGAGCGCACGAGUGGGACGAGAGCGUCUCCAAGGCGUCAGUGGUGUACGGUACGCGGAUGCACAAUCUCUUCUGUGACAACUGCCACUCGCACGUCGGCAUGGCGCUCAAUCUGAUGAAGUAUAAGAGCAAGGGCUCCUGGAAUAUGGUCGUCUUGGCGUUCUGGAUGUUCUUCUGCGGGAAGUACGUUGGCAUCGGAGGCGCGCUGAAGACGUGGCUCCCAUUCGUCAUCAUCUGCAUCAUAUGUGGUCUUGUAGCCUACUAUCUGUGAAGCUUAUCGUGUAUUGGAAAUCAUUGUUAAUCACCUUCCAUUGGCCUGUCACAGAUUUCAUGCUAUUUACAUAGCUCGCUAUCUUUCUCACCUCUCUCAUCACUUAAUUACGAUAUGAUCUAUCAGUUGUGUUAUUUAUUUCGAGCCAGAGAGUGGAAAGAGCGCCGCGCAGGAACAUGAACAGAAAACCAGUGUUUAUCGAAAUGUGUUGUAAUAUUUUUAGGAAUAAACAUUGAAACCUCCUCCA